CUUUCGCUAGCGUACACAUUACAACGCUGAACAAGCCUUUAUAUUUUACGGAACUUUUAAAUACUUCAAAACAAUACAUUCUUAUUAUCUAAAUUAGUUUAUUAUAACUACAAAUAAUUUAAUGAUAUUUCGACAUUCAGAUAGAUACUAAGAUAUUUUGUAAUAAAUAGAACAUAUUCUAUAACAAUCGGUAUUUGUGCUGUUGUGUUAAACGUUUGUUUGCCAAGUGUAAAUGGUAAAUAGCGCUAAAAUGAUAUAUGAUAUAUCUAAGCGGUAUUCAGAUAAAUAAUAGAUGUUAUUGUAAAGUGUUCGUCGUAUAAAUAUGCCAUUCAUAGUGAAGUGAUAUACAAAAAUAUCAGCUGAAGUUUGUCUAAGUAAUUUCUAUGUGAAGGUUAAAAAAUCAGUAAGUGCGCAAUGUCAACUUUGGGAGCGGGGGCAAGCACGCUAAUCGUUUUACAAACAAGCUGUAAGCGAUCGUCGGGUUUUCUACUCGUAUGGCUACUGUGUUAGUAUAGUGAACUAAGGCCUGAACGCUGAACAAAGAACAAAGGAAACCGACGAUAGCAGCCGCUAUCGUCCUCACCGUUUAAAAUUAUCACAAUGGAUACAAGUACAGCAAAUUCCAGUCAAGAUGACGAUGCUGAAUGGUCAAGAAAUUCCACAAUAGAGGAAUAUAUAAAGCAAAAUGGCACCAAUGAUUCAUAUGAUACGUUAUAUGAUGUGCCUACAGGAAUGAUAGUCCUGUUAUCGUUUUUAUAUGGAUCAAUAUCAGUACUUGCGGUGGUGGGUAACUUUCUGGUAAUGUGGGUAGUAGCCACCUCAAGGCGAAUGCAAAGCGUAACCAACUGUUACAUAGCCAAUUUAGCGUUAGCAGACAUAGUUAUAGGUUUAUUUGCUGUACCGUUUCAAUUUCAAGCAGCGUUGCUGCAACGAUGGUUGUUGCCACAUUUCAUGUGCCCGUUUUGUCCAUUUGUACAAGCGCUAAGUGUCAAUGUCAGUGUAUUCACACUCACUGCCAUCGCUGUGGACCGACAUCGAGCUAUCAUAACUCCACUCAGUGCUCAUACAUCAAAACGUAUUGCUAAAGUAAUAAUAGUAUUCAUUUGGCUGUUGGCUCUGUCUCUGGCAGCCCCAAUGGCUAUGUCAUGGGAAGUUAUUAUGGAAAAUGAACAAGAUCCAGUUAGUAAUAUCAUUUAUAAGAAACCAUUCUGCGCUCCCAGUGAAUUUGGUUCCCAUUCACUGGCUAUCUACAGAUUACUCUUAUAUAUAUUUCAAUAUGUGAUCCCAUUGUGCGUAAUAACAUUUGCUUACGCACAUAUGGCCAUGAAAUUAUGGGGUGCCCGCGCGCCUGGAAAUGCACUGGAAACUCGAGAUGCCAACCAUAUGAAAAAUAAAAAGAAGGUAAUAAAAAUGCUGGUUCUGGUAGUGGCGUUAUUUGCACUGUGUUGGCUUCCUCUACAAAGUUAUAUGCUGUUACAAUCAUUCUUCCCUUCUAUUAAUGAGUACCGAUACAUUAACGUACUAUUCUUUUGUUUCGACUGGUUAGCAAUGAGUAAUUCAUGCUAUAAUCCAUUUAUUUAUGCCAUAUAUAAUGAAAAGUUUAAGAAAGAAUUUAAACAACGAUUCACUUUUGGGAAAAAACCUAGUCGAUUCGCCAAUGACAGCUAUGAGGAUGGACAAUCAUACAGAACUAGAAUAUUAUCAUUCCGCUCAACAAAUGAUAGAACUGUGUACUCUGCGAGGAAAUCUAUAAACCUUGUACACCUUGAUUCAUUAAAACCAACAGGAAGAAGUUGCCAAUGUUUAAGAAAUCAGAACAAUUUACAGAGUGGUAAUGGAUUUAGAAUAAUGGCAUCUAAUGAAGUUAAUGAUAAUAAUAGCAGUGGUAGUAAAAAUAAGAGAAAUUCAUCAGCCAAAAGACUGUCCAAUAAUGACUUGCCCAUAGGAGACGAAAGAGUUAGUGAAUUAUAUAUAUUUCCAAAUAGUAACAUUGUUGAAUUUACAGAUAUAUCUUACGACGACAAAGUGUAAAUAUUAUACUAUGUAAAUAUUCCAUUGAUUUGUGAUGUUAGAGAUAUGUGAAUGUAGUAGCAAGAUAAUUAAGUACAAA